AUGCAUUCCUCUUCUGUCCUUCUUGUCGGAGCACUGGCCGCUCAGGCAAUGUGCCUCGGCGUCACGCCCUAUGGUGGCAUCGUCCAACGAUACGCUGCCCCAUUGGCAGUCAUCGCUAUGCCAGCUGUCGGUAUGCCUUUGUUUGGCAGCGUUGAGAGUAGAGAGCCAGUUACCAACAGCAACACCAACAUCAACGACGGAGACUCUAGCAUUAGCAUCACCAAGAGCAAUGACCCAAACGCCGUCAAUACCAACAUUAACAACGGAAAGGCUAAAACCAACAAAACUGGUAACGCUAACAACGGCGGAACAACCAACACUAACACCAACACCAACAACGGAGGCUCUAGCACUAGCAUCACCAAGAGCAAUGACCCAAACGCCAUCAAUACCAACAUUAACAACGGAAAGGCCAGCUAG